UUGAUGCAUACAGCCGCAAGUAUUUGUCCUUUUGCACCCGUUGUCCCUGCCCGCGUAACAUACCACACCCUCGACCCGUCUAGGCUAGCGCCAGCAGGAUGCAUGCCACGAGGCGAAGGCCACUUUGCCUCAUACCAACCACUGCAUGCAGCUUCUUAGCGCCCUUCUGGACCCUUGUGCGGGCCGAGCCAGCUCCCGCGUGGGCGGCCUGGCGGACCGUUGCGCAAGCCUUGGUAUCUGAUGCGGCGAACCAGCGGAGCCAUCGGAGCUGCAGGAGGCCGUUUGCUACAGCUACGGGGCACAAAAAACCAGGAGCGCUCGCUCACGGUCAACCUUCGCGUGCGACGUGCGGUGGGUCGAGCACCAGGAGGAUUUUGCGAUGUGACUUGUAUUAUCUGAUACCUCUAAUCAAACGUCGAGGCGGAAGGGGGCCCCAGCCUUGUGCUUCUUCAGCUGGCCGCGCAACCGGGACACACGAAGAAGAUGUCCACCGCGAGCCAGGCAGGCCGAGUCGGCCAGGCUGCACGGGAUUAUCUCCGGAGGCGAAUCUGGCACCCGGCUCCAAUCAAUCGCCCAACUUGGCGCUCGGGAUCUCGCACGCCUCAAUCUCAUUCCCACCAACCCCCGCUCCAUUGACCUCUUUCCCCCUUAGCCGCAGGGCUCGCGGGGAAGGGGACUCGACGUGAAGGUCGCUGUCGCUUACUCCUGUUCGGCCAAUACUCACGGACAACAACAUGAUGCGGGCACUCGUAGGACCACCGGGCACAGCGCGCCGCGCAGGAUUGAGCAGCAGCAGCGAGACGUACUGCGCAUGCAGCAGCUCAGCAAGCAAGCAGGCAUGGAAGUUGAAAGAAAUCGGGACUGCGAGCAUCAAGGCCAGGCUUGGGCCUCAUGGUGUAUAAAGAGCAUGUGUGUCAGUGAGCCUGGCGG